UAGACCAGUCGGCGGGCCUCACACAAAAUCCAUCUCGAUCGGCAAUUAACGUAGUCCGCAUAAGCUAUCUCACAGUCCGCCGCCGUCGCCCUGCUCCCGCCGCGAAUUGAGCCUCUCCACAAUGCGCCUUCACGCGGCCAUCUCGCCCACCCCUUCGCCGCCGCACCUCAUCUGCCUUUCAGCCCGUGGUUCUUCUUCGUGCUCUGGGAUUCCUCUAGGGUUGCGUCUCGGCGCUCCGCAUCUGAUUGCGGGGAGGCGGCGUAGCAGUGAACUCGUCGCGAUCCGAUGCUCGAUCUCGCAAGUCCACAGUUAUGGAACAGUGGACUACGAGCAGAGGCCACCAUUGAAGUGGAGCUCGCUGUACCGAAGAAUCUCGAUCACGGAGAACCCAAAUGUCGAUUCCGCUACUGUGCUUGAGCAAUGGGAGGGUGCCGAGCGGAAGCUCUCGAAGUGGGAUCUGUGCCGCGUCGUCAAGGAGCUGAGGAGGUUUGGUAGAUUCAAGCGAGCCCUUGAGGUUUAUGAUUGGAUGGCAUCCCAUGGAGACCGUUUUAUACUUAACUCUAGCGACAAUGCAAUCCAAUUGGAUCUCAUUGCAAAAGUGCGUGGCAUUUCACAUGCUGAAGGAUACUUCUCCAUUCUUCCUUGUAUUUUCAAAGACAGGCGUACAUAUGGGGCUCUUCUAAAUGCCUAUGGCAAAGCAAAGAUGAGAGACAAAGCUGAGGCAACUCUGGAGACAAUGAAAGGCAAAGGAUAUACAGACGAUGCACUUCCUUUCAAUGUGAUGAUGACUCUUUAUAUGAAUAUCGCAGAGCAUCGCAAAGUAUAUGCUAUAAUUAAUGAAAUGAAGGCGAAAAAUGUGUCCUUCGACUUGUACUCCUACAACAUCUUGAUUACUAACUGUGCUACUAUGGGAGAUGUCGAGGAGAUGGAGAGAGUGGUUCAAGAGAUGAUUGUCGAUGCUCGUGUCAACGCGAACUGGACCACUUACACCACACUCGCUACCAUGUACAUCAGGCUCGGCGAAUUCGACAAGGCGGAAAAUUGCUUGAAGGAAGUUGAGCUUAGAAUGACAGGUAGGGACAGAGCAUCAUUUAACUAUCUCCUUGGGCUUUACAGCUCCAUAGCCAAAAGGGAUGAAGUCUAUCGCGUUUGGAAACGCUACAAGUCAGCUUUUGGUGGUGGUAUUUUGAAUUCUGGAUACCAAUCAAUGCUAUCUUCGUUGGUUAAGCUGGGAGAUAUUGAAGGAACUGAGAAAAUCUAUGAAGAAUGGUUGUCUAGUACUUCCAGAUUGGACCCCAGGAUUUGCAACGUUGUUAUGAGAAGUUAUGUGAGGAAAGGAGGUGUUGGUAAUGCUAAGAGAAUUCUUGACAGAUUUGUGGAGAAAGGAGGGGUGCCAAAGCCCUUAUCGUGGGAAAUAUUGGCAGAAGGUUAUCUUAAGGAAAAAAUGGUGUCAGAGGUUUUGUGGUGUAUGGAAGGUGCGGCAGCUUAUAAAGGUCUGGGGAAAUGGAAGCCAAAGCAAGCUGCGGUGGCUGAGACUUUUGCACUUUGCAGGGAAGAGGAUAGUGAGGAGAGCGUAAAAUUGUUGAUGGAUGUGUUGAGAAGAACGGGUUGCCUUGAAAAGGAGGCAUAUAAAUUACUGGUUGAGACAUAAUAAGGAUCUGUGUACAGAAGAAGAUGAUGGUGAAGCUGUAUUGUUUGUUGCUGUCAUGUCCUCAGAGGUAAAAUUUUCACUAGUUGUUUGUGUAAAUUGAGUUCUUUAAUGCCCCAUAGUUAUGUUAUUUAGCAAAAUUAUCUUUAAUCAACUAAAGGCUAAAACCAAGGAGUUCUUAAA